AUGAUCCUCACAACAUAACCUAAUUUAUACUUCAUAACCAAAAAAAUCAAUAUACACAAUGGACACUUCAGAUUCAUCAAAGGCCUUAAUCGACAAAAAAACCCUUUACGCGGGCACAAAAGCGGUAGAUUUUAAAAAUGGGACCAAGGUGCAUUUUCAUUUUGUUACAAAACUGUGCGACCAAGACAAAACUGUUUUGGACGAUUCGAGAAAACUCGGCGAUGGCAAACCGAUGGAAUUGGUUUUGGGGAAAAAGUUCAAAUUGGAAGUGUGGGAAGUUAUUGUACAAAAAAUGGCAUUAAACGAGGUUGCUCAAUUUACAGUUGACAAAAGUUUAGUUGUACAAUAUCCAUUUGUGGCUAAAACUCUAAGAGAUAUACAUAGACCUGAAGGUUGUAGAACUACUCAUCAUUGUGCAAUGUCUUUACAAAAUCAAGGGGUCGGAUAUGAUGACUUGAAUGCAUUUUUAAGCAAACCAUCAAAUUUAGAAUUCACAAUUGAGUUGGUGAAAGUGGAGCAACCAGAGGAUUAUGAAAAAGAAACUUGGCAAAUGGAAGUGCCAGAAAGAAUUGAAAAAAUACCACAGCUAAAACAACAAGGAAAUGAGGAGUACAGGAAGAAAAACUAUGCAAAAGCUGCUGAAAUGUAUGCCACCGCCCUUAGUAUUUUGGAACAGCUGAUGUUAAAUGAAAAACCACAUGAUGUUGAAUGGGACAAAUACAAUCAACAGAAACUUCCAAUUUUAUUGAAUUAUGCACAAUGUAAAUUAAAUGAAGGUGACUAUUAUUCAGUUAUCACACAUUGUACUGAUGUUAUAAAGUAUGACAAAGAUAAUGUUAAAGCUUAUUAUCGAAGGGCAAAAGCCCAUGUUGGUGCAUGGAAUGUGAAAGAAGCAAGAGAGGACUUUGAAACUGUGAUAAGAUUGGACCCCAAAUUGGAAAUGUUGGUUCAAAAAGAAUUAAAUGAACUGGAAGAACAAGUUAAAAUAAAAGAUGCUGAAGAUAAGGAGAAACUGAAGAAUAUGUUUACAUAAUUCUAUUUAAUUUUUAUAUUUAUUUAUGUCUGUAAAUCUGUUAUAUGUACAAAUAUAUAUUUUUAGUUUUAUAA